AAAACGACCCUAGUCAUUUUCCAUUUGAAAUUUACCCUUGUACGUCCGUACUGUGAACUAGAGGUUGAGAGUUGACUAAAGCUCUCAUUUUCAUCGGGUAAAAAUGGAUCUCACAGGUGUCCUUGAAGCAACAGUCUCUUCAGAUCAAAAUGCGCUACAAGCGGCUCAGACUUAUUUGGAAACAGCUGCCCAGCAAAAUCUGCCCCAGUUUUUAGUAGCUCUAGUGACUGAGCUAGCCGAUGCAACUAAGUCUCAAGUUGCAAGAAUGGCGGCUGGUUUACAACUGAAAAAUCAACUUACCUCCAAAGAUGCUGCAGUCAGACUACAGUAUCAACAAAGAUGGUUGAGUUUAGAUGAAGCAGUCAAAAGUCAUGUAAAAAAUAUGGCAGUACAAACACUUGGCACAGAGGUAGCUAGACCUGCCAUCGCUCCACAGUGUAUAGCAGCCAUUGCUUGUGCUGAAAUUCCUCAGAGACAGUGGCAAGAUUUGAUAGCAAUUCUAUAUCAACUUAUAAUAGAUACAACCAAUACAGAGAAAGUCAGGGAACAUGCUCUGGAAACACUGGGUUAUAUUUGCCAAGAUAUUGAACCGGAGCAUUUAGUUGAUCAGGGACACACUAUCUUAACAGCAAUUGUCACAGGGAUGAAAAAGGAAGAGCCAAAUAUGCAUAUCAGGAUUGCAGCUACAAAUGCCUUGCUCAAUUCUCUUGAAUUUACAAAACAGAAUUUUGAAAGAGUGUCUGAACGAAACUACAUUAUGCAAGUUGUUUGUGAAGCAACUCAAACCGGUGAAAUUCAACUAAAAGUUGCAGCAUUGCAGAAUAUUGUUAAAAUAGUGUCACUCUAUUACCAACACAUGGAGGAGUACAUGGGCACAGCACUAUUUCCAAUUUCCCUCGAUGCAAUCAAGUCAGAUUGUGAUGAGAUAGCCCUCCAAGGAAUUGAGUUUUGGUCUUCAAUAUGUGAUGAAGAAAUGGACUUAGAAAUUGAAGCUGUUGAGGCCAGAGAAAAUAACAAGGAACCAGAACAGACAAGCAAGCAUUAUGCGAAAGGAGCAUUGCAAUAUAUUGCACCGCUGUUGACAGAAUGUUUAACUAAGCAGGAAGAAUUUGAUGAUGAUGAUGACUGGAACCCAAACAAAGCAGCAGGAGUGUGUUUGAUGCUGCUGGCACAGUGCUGUGAAGACAAUAUAAUAAAUCAUGUUUCUGCAUUUAUUGAGACCAAUAUCAUAAAAGAAGACUGGAAACUAAGAGAUGCAGCAGUCAUGGCAUUUGGUUCAAUUCUUGAAGGACCUGAUCCACAGGCUCUACAGCCAUAUGCAGACAAGGCAUUACCAACACUAUUGCAUUUGAUGAGAGACCAGUCUGUUGUAGUACGUGAUUCUGUGGCAUGGACACUUGGCCGGAUUUGUGAAAUUUUGCCACAAGUUGUCAUUGGGGGGAAGUUUCUCGAACCUUUGGUUGAAAGUCUUCUUGAGUCUUUAAAGGCAGAGCCCAGAGUUGCUGCUAAUGUUUGCUGGGUGAGUUGCUUACACCUUCUUGUGAGCAAGAAUUCAAAAUUCAACUGCUGUCUUGCUGAAGUGAAAAAGAAGGGAUGUACCAAGUUUUUAAUAUGUAUUUGUAUGUUCUCACAGGAUUGUUAUGAUGUUGUACAAGGAACUACACUGGUGAUUCUGGAAAGACUAAACAGAUUAUUGGAAAUGGAGAAAAAUGUAGCAGACAGAGCUCAGUACCAUGACUUGCAGUCUCUGUUAUGUGCAACACUACAGAGUGUAUUAAGAAAGGUGAAUCCACAAGAUGCACUACAGAUUGCCCCACUGAUGAUGCAAGCACUGCUUCAAAUGCUCAGUCCUGGUUCAGGAGUGAAGAUUGUGGGUGGGGUGCAGGAAGAUGCUCUGAUGGCCAUUGGUACUCUAGUGGAAGUUCUUGGGAUGAAUUUUGACCCUUACAUGGAAUCUUUCAAGCCUUAUUUAAUAGAAGCACUGAGAGAGCGAGUUGAAUACCAGGUUUGUGUUGCCGCUGUUGGACUAGUUGGAGACAUUGCUAGAGCACUGGGAGAAAAAAUAAUGAACGUCAGUGACCUUUUCAUGCAGAUUUUAAUGGAGAACCUGGCGGACGCAAAUGUCCAUCGCAGCGUCAAACCUCAUAUUCUCUCGGUGUUUGGUGAUGUUGCUUUAGCCAUCGGGCCCAGUUUCUCUCCCUACUUUGAUGUUGUCAUAGCAACUCUGAAUCAAGCAUCUGUUACGAUUGUGGACAAAGCGGAUUAUGACAUGGUGGACUACUUAAAUGAGCUCAGGGAAGGAUGUUUAGAAGCUUACACUGGCAUUAUACAAGGACUAAAAGGCUCUACUGACGGACCCAGUCCCACACCUGGUCUUCUGGAUGUAAUUCAGCCUCACCUUCUGCAUAUCAUCAACUUCAUUGAGGUCAUAGCAACAGACGUGGAUCAUACGGAAAGCAAUGUGUCCAGUGCUUGUGGUCUUGUUGGAGAUAUUUGCUCAGCAUUCGGGGCCCAAGUUCAUGUCCUGCUCGAAAAGCAAGCCAUCAACGAGCUGUUACAAGAAGGGCGACGAUCAAAGACACACAAAACCAAACAAGUCGCUACAUGGGCAACUAAGGAACUGCGUAAGCUCAAACAACAGCAGAAUUGAUCACGUGACGGCGACCACAGAGAGAGCGUGCGAGAGUGCGUGAGUUUGAAGCGCCAAAGAUGUCGAGAGCGUGCGUGCCUGACAUGCGUGGUGAGCGAGUGCGUUACCCCUACCCCCCAAUAGCAAAGCACCUGGACAAGGACCAAUUGACAGCCAACUUCAAAAUCACGUGACAGAAGACGACUACCUCGUAAACGUGCAAGGUUACGGUUGUUAGCGGCGAAAAAAUAAAAAACCUAUGGAUCCCGUUCCGACCAUCUCAGAUUCUGUGUUUGUCGUGACUUCAAAAGUGUACGAACACAUAUCUUUGUUCCCGCACAGAAAUAAUUUAGAGAGGACGCGAACUUGUUGACUUUCACGAAGCCCAGACGUCUUCGAGGUGCAUGGAACAAAAUAAUGUCUUUCUCUAAAGUAGCUAAAAGAGACGAAUCACCCUUCCCCCAAGAACAGAUUAUUAUUCUUCCUAAUGUACAAUUCUGCACCGAUACAGGCGUGCCCCAUAGACUCUUCUAACCUCCAAGUGUUUGAAAAUGAAUGGUAUUUUUGUCAAAAAGUAGAAGAAAUUAAACGAUUUACGAGACGAAUUUAAUGUACAGUGAAUAUUGUGCUGAAAGAUAUGGCAUUAAAAACGCUACACAAAUUGGCUGUAGAACUAAGUACUUUUCAGUUGAGACUGAAAUUCUAUGUAGCUGAAUUAAAAUUAAAAGCAGUUUUCGAUACUU